CAUGAACCUCCUGGCCGCAGGCGGCAGCAGCGAGCAGUGGAGCCGGUACAAUGUAGCAGUGGCAACCGAGUACAGUGUAGCCUGCCGGUCCGGUACAAUGUAGCGGCAGCCAGCUCAAGGUGCUUGUGCCAGCUUCACCCAUUACAUCUGCAUUCCAGACAGAGGAGGGAGGUCGGAAGAACAAUUCUGAGAAGUCCUGAGUGAUCUUCUUGCUCAUGUUCUAUUGAUCAGAACAUAGUCACAUUACCAUGCCUCAGUGCAGGGAAGACUGGGAACUCAUGUGACAAUGAUGACUCCUCACUCAGGAUGAAGGGGUGGGAUGCUAUGGAAUAUGAUGAGAAGCUGGCUCGGUUCCGGCAGGCCCACCUCAACCCUUUCAAUAAACCGCUUGGACCAAGGCAACAUGAACUGGAGCCCAGUGAGAAGGCCCAAGAAGUCACUUCUGAAGAGACUCUGCCUGAGCUGCCCACUGGGGAGCCUGAGUUCCACUACUCUGAGCGCAUGAUGGAUCUUGGCCUGUCUGAAGACCACUUUUCCCGCCCUGUGGGUCUUUUCCUGGCCUCUGAUGUCCAGCAGCUGCGGCAGGCAAUUGAAGAGUGCAAACAGGUGAUUCUGGAGCUACCGGAGCAGUCAGAGAAGCAGAAAGAUGCUGUGGUGAGGCUGAUCCACCUCCGGCUGAAGCUACAGGAGCUGAAGGAUCCCAAUGAGGAGGAACCCAAUAUCCGGGUUCUCCUAGAGCAUCGCUUCUACAAGGAGAAGAGCAAGAGUGUCAAGCAAACCUGUGAUAAGUGCAAUACCACCAUCUGGGGCCUCAUUCAGACCUGGUACACCUGCACAGGGUGUUAUUACCGCUGUCACAGCAAGUGCCUGAACCUCAUCUCCAAACCAUGUGUCAGCUCCAAGGUUAGUCACCAGGCUGAGUAUGAGCUGAACAUCUGCCCUGAGACUGGGCUGGACAGCCAGGACUACCGCUGUGCCGAGUGCCGUGCUCCCAUCUCUCUGCGAGGUGUGCCCAGUGAAGCCCGGCAGUGUGACUACACUGGCCAGUACUACUGCAGCCACUGCCACUGGAACGACCUGGCUGUUAUCCCUGCACGAGUGGUGCACAACUGGGACUUUGAGCCACGCAAGGUGUCCCGCUGCAGCAUGCGCUACCUGGCACUGAUGGUGUCUCGGCCAGUGCUCCGGCUCCGGGAGAUUAACCCUCUGCUGUUUAACUACGUGGAAGAGCUGGUGGAGAUCCGGAAGCUGCGCCAGGAUAUCCUGCUCAUGAAGCCAUACUUCAUCACAUGCAAGGAGGCCAUGGAGGCACGACUGCUGCUGCAGCUCCAGGACCGACAGCAUUUUGUGGAGAACGAUGAGAUGUACUCUAUCCAGGACCUCUUGGAGGUGCACAUGGGCCGCCUCAGUUGCUCACUCACUGAGAUCCACACACUCUUUGCCAAGCACAUCAAGCUGGACUGUGAGCGGUGUCAAGCCAAGGGGUUCGUGUGUGAACUCUGCAAAGAAGGUGACGUGCUGUUCCCUUUUGACAGCCAUACAUCUGUGUGCACGGACUGUUCAGCUGUCUUCCACAGGGACUGCUAUUAUGACAACUCAACCACGUGCCCCAAGUGUGCCCGGCUCAACUUGAGGAAGCAGUCACUAUUCCAGGAACCUGGUCUGGAUGUGGAUGCCUAGAACACUGGAGGAAAUACCAGGCAACCAUAUCUUCCCCUCUGGCUGUCACCCUGCUGGCAUUGCCAGCCAGGUGUUCAUUCUACUCUGGAGACCCCUGAGUGCAUCCCCUGGGCCUCUUCAUCUCUUUUGGACCAGAAGGAAAUGACUGGCAGCCACCAGGACUCUCAUUCCCUGGGUGUUUGCAGAGACUUGGAGUUUUAUGCCUGCCUGUUAUUGGGUGUGCUGCUGACAGGGGUGAGAAUGCUGCUUCUGACCCACUGUAGGACUCCUUAGGCAGGGGAACUUGAGUAUGAAUCCCCAGGAAAGUGGGAAGUCACUUUACCGUGGCACAGAGUUCUCCAGUCCUUUACAACCAAUCCUUCUAGGCCUUAGAGAGGGCUCUGCUCCUGUCUACACCACCCUGACAACUGGUCAGAAACUCUAGAAGCCUGCCCAGUGAGACCAGAGGAGGCCUCCUGAGUUUUAUCUCUGCUGUAAUAAUUUAGGUUCUACUUAGAGGCUCCCCUCCCUCUUAGCACCUUGUCUCCUUAGGGAUUCAGGUUUUCUGAGUGGGGCUGUUCACAACAGUGUCCUAUGGACUGUCUCAGCAUCCUGAGAAUCCUCUUCCUCCUUAGCCUGUCAGUCCUGUAUGUUUCCCUGCCCUUUUUGUACAAUAGGGAGGGAAAGGGUCUGUGGAGCUUUUCUUGGCACAUACACCUGCUCCUGCCAUAGCCUAGUCCACUUUAUCCUGGUGCUCUGAGCUGGGCAGCUAGGGACUCCUCCUAAGGAAGAGAUCUCAGUCUCCAGUUACAUAGGUGGGAUUAUGUUCUGGGAACAAGGUCAGGUUGGCUGGUCAGUUAGUGUUGGCCUGUGUGACAUUUGGGGGACCAAAAUUUCCCACAGAAGUUUGUGCUCUGCUUAAAUAUGGCCAGUUACUGAGUUUUCAUUUAGGAGCCUGAGACCAAGAGCUAGGAAUAUUUGCUUGAGAGAGACCCAAGCAAGAGGUCUAUGGCCCAAGCAAGAAAGUCUAGGCUUUGGAGGUGGGCAAGACCUAUAGCUUUCCAGUGAGGCACAUUCCACCUCCAUGCAUAUACCCCAUAAAUCCUAUGGUUGAAGAUGUGUGGAGCCAAGGGGAUCUCAGAAUAUGGCUUCUGUCUUUCUUACCUGGGAAGCAGGAAUUGCUUGCAUCUUCCCCUUUACUCCUUGCCCAUGGAUUACCGUUGACACACACAGGUGGUGGGUAGAGGCCAAGGAGUGUCACAACUUGGAUUUCCCUCACCUUCAAUGGGGCACAAGAAGGGACACCUCAACGAGCAGAUGAAGCCUAGCUUGCUGGCCUAUUUGAGGGGUGGAUGGACGCACUGCCACCUCCUCCUUGCUCCUCUGUACCAUCAGGUGGCUUUACUCUUCCUAUCUUUUCUGUUUCAAUUUUCCCAUUUGGAAAAUGGGGAAAGUGGAGUUGACCUACCUCGGGGCGGAACAGUAAGGAGCCCUCUGAGUGUGAUGUGGGUCGGCAGCAGGUCCCUGCCCUGCUUCCUCUUUGGUGUUAGAGGGACUUAAAACCAAAUGCCAUUUUCCUACACCCCAAAUCUUUGUUUCGUACCAUUGUAUCACAUUUCUGUCCUGUGGCUAUUGGCCCUUCCUGAGCCUCCUGUGUAAUCAGCAUCACGUGUUCCCAGCUAUAAAUCAUAGUGUCUAAAGAAAA